AUGGCAAGCAGCUCAAGAUAUGAUACUAACAAAGUUUGCUGCAAUUCACAUCCAGAUGCUCCUCUGAUAGAGGACUACAGAGCAGGUGAUCAAAUCUGUUCAGAAUGUGGCCUAGUUGUUGGAGACAGGGUGAUUGAUGUGGGAUCAGAAUGGAGGACAUUCAGCAAUGAAAAAAAUGGGGUAGACCCUUCCCGUGUGGGAGGGCCAGAAAACCCCCUGCUUGGGGGGUCAGAUCUGACCACAAUAAUUGGCCCAGGACGUGCAGGUGAUUCAAGCUUUGAUAAUUUUGGGGUAUCAAAAUAUCAGAAUAGAAGGACCAUGAACAGUUCUGAUAGAGCACUGAUUAAUGCAUUCAAAGAAAUCAAUGCUAUGGCUGAUAGGAUCAAUUUGCCAAGGACUAUUGUUGAUAGAGCAAACAAUCUUUUCAAGCAGGUGCAUGAUGGCAGAAAUCUGAAAGGUCGAUCGAAUGACGCAAUCGCCUCCGCCUGUCUUUACAUCGCCUGUCGUCAAGAGGGCGUCCCUAGAACCUUCAAGGAAAUAUGCGCGGUGAGCAAGAUCAGCAAACGCGAGAUCGGCCGCUGUUUCAAGCUGAUCCUGAAGGCGCUCGAGACCAGCGUCGAUCUGAUCACGACCGGCGACUUCAUGUCGAGGUUCUGCUCGAAUUUGUGUCUGCCCAACAUGGUGCAGAGGGCGGCCACGCAUAUAGCGAGACGGGCGGUCGAGUUGGACAUCGUGCCGGGCAGGUCUCCCAUUUCGGUGGCGGCUGCCGCUAUUUAUAUGGCGUCUCAGGCUUCAGAGGACAAGAGAAGCCAGAAGGAAAUCGGCGACAUCGCUGGUGUGGCUGACGUCACAAUCAGGCAAUCCUACAAACUGAUGUAUCCUCAUGCAGUACAUCUUUUCCCGCAAGACUUCAAAUUCGCAACUCCCAUUGAACAAUUACCUCAAAUGUAA